AUGGAAACACAAGCGACGACAUCUGAUCCAAAGCACACGAACGAGUUGAUCAAUGCGACUUCGCCGUAUCUGCUCCAGCACGCGCACAAUCCUGUGAGUUGGCGUUUGUGGUCCGACGAAGCAUUCGCUGAAGCGCGUGAGCGUGAUGUGCCCGUGUUCUUGUCGAUCGGAUACUCGACAUGCUAUUGGUGUCAUGUGAUGGAGCGCGAAUCGUUCGAGAGCGAAGCGAUCGCGAAGAUCAUGAACGAGCAUUUCGUGUGCAUCAAGCUCGAUCGCGAGGAGCAUCCAGAGAUCGACGAGCUGUACAUGGCCGCAACGACCAUCAUGACAGGAUCAGGUGGUUGGCCCAUGUCGGUGUUCCUCGAACCAGAGAAGCGCAAGCCGUUCUGGUGUGGGACUUACUUCCCUCCUGAACCGAUGUACAACCGCCCUUCGUUUCCACAAGUGCUUCAGUCGCUCGCGAGCGCAUACAAGGACAAACGAGACGAGGUCCUCGAACAGAGCGACGCACUCGCUGCAGCGGUUGCGGAGCAGGUCAGCACGCAGCAGCAACCGGUUCAGGUCGGCGCGAAGCACAUCCAAGCAUCGGUGAGUGGAUUGCUCCGCAUGUUCGAUCGGAUCAACGGCGGAUUCGGAGGGGCGCCCAAGUUCCCGCAGCCGGUAUUCAUGGAACUGCUGCUUGAUGCUCGUUCGAUCGUGGAUGCGGACACGAAAGCCGCGAUCGAUCAGAGCGUAAAGCUGACGCUCGAUCGCAUGGGAAUCGGGGGCAUCUUCGAUCAGGUUGGUGGUGGAUUCCAUCGUUACAGCGUCGAUGAGUUCUGGUUGGUUCCGCACUUUGAGAAGAUGUUGUAUGACAACGGGCAGUUGUUGCACCUGUAUGCGCGAGCCGCGGAGGUGUACGACGACGACUUCUAUCGUCGAAUCGCACGAAAAACCGCGGAGUAUGUACUCCGCGAGAUGCGUGAUCCGAGCAGCGAUCCCGGAACGACCGGUUUCUACAGCGCUCAAGACGCGGAAGUGAAUCAUCGCGAGGGGCAGAACUACUUGUGGAACAAAGAGCAGAUUUUAGAAGUGCUCGAAUCAGAUGAUGCGGAGUUUGCGAUCCGUGUCUACGGCUUAGAUGCCGGGACCAACUUCAAAGAUCCACAUCAUCCCAGCGAAUCCGCGAGCAAUGUGCUGCGAUUGGAUAAGCGUCCUGAACUGGUGGCCGCGGAUCUUGGGAUGUCGAAUGAAUCCUUUCUUGAUCGGCUCGAUCGUAUCAACGAAGCCUUGUAUGAAGCACGCAGCAAGCGAGAUCAGCCGGGAACGGAUGACAAGGUGGUCUGCAGCUGGAACGCGAUGCUCGUCUCGGGACUGGUCCGUGCAGGGGUUGUGCUCAACGAGCGUUCGUUCAUUGAAGCGGCGCGUCAUGCGGUCGCGUUCAUGCUCAAGACAUUGCGCACUCCCGAUGGCGACCUGGCGCGUUCAUGGAGGGCGCACAAGAGCGAGAUCGCCGCGGGAUUGGAGGAUCACACGAUGCUGUUGUCCGCGAUGAUCGAUCUCGCAGUUGCGGACAAUGACGAUCCACUCUGGACAGAUAUCGAGCGGUUGUUCAUCACGACUCGCGAACUGUUUGAAUCUACACCAGGAGUGUUCCACGAUACCAGAGCAAAUCGCGCGGACCUCUUCAUCCGUCCGCGAUCGCUCCACGACGGCGCGACUCCAUCAGGGGUCGGGAUGAUGGCGCUCAACUACGCGCGGAUGAUCGGGAUCGCGAGCGAGGAUCGAUGGGUCGAGUGGUCAGUCCAGACGCUCCAAGGUGUUUCCGCAUCCAUCGCGUCCAAUCCGAUCAGUGUCGCAAACUCCACGCGCGCAUUGAUCUCGAUGAUGAAGGAUCGCGAGCGGAUCGGGAGCGCGUACGACUUUGCUGGCGCCUCCGACGCUCCAUCGCCUCGAGCGAAUCCGGUCUCCGUGUAUGUCUCGGAGGAUCAGAUCAGCGUUGGAGAGGACGCACCUGCUUCGUUCUCAGUGGCGCUGGAGAUUGAUGAGCCGUUCCAUAUCGUCGCCGCGGAUCCGGGAUCGAGUGAAGCGAGCAAAUCGCUCAUUCCGCUGCGUGUGGGACUGAUCGAAGGACAAGGCAUCGCGGUCUACGCGGAAUAUCCCGAAGGGGAGACCUUUGGUGAGGGAGACCAACAGAUCAAUAUCCAUCACGGGCGGAUCGAGUUCGAAGUCGCGAUCGAGAAAGCGGAUGGGAUCGGUCCGACCCCUGGCAAACCGGUUCUGGGGAUCACUUUCCAGACUUGCAAUCAAAGCCAGUGCAUGGCGCCAGUGACCGUUCGUCUGCCUGUGGAACUGACGAUCAAGUAG